UUAGAUGUGCAAAUGGAUGAUGCAUCGUCUAAAAGUGACAUCUAUACUAAGGUGUUUUGGUAAAGAGCACCCAGUAUAUGUGCAGGGCAUGGGGUUUGGUGUUUGUCCUACUAUGAUUUUUGAGAGCUCAAGAAAUUCAUCAUUUGGUUGUGCUUCAUCUUCAGAAAUUGAAAGGCUGAAAGUAGAAUUGCAAGCAAAUAAUGCAAGAAUUCAAGCCUUAGAGGAAGAGGUAGCAAAAAGUCCAAGAGUUCGAGCUUUAGAAGAACAAAUGACUAUCUUUAUGCUAAACCUUGGCUGUCAAUUUCCUCGUAGAGUUAAUCAAGUUCUAGAUUUAUACUCACCACUAGAAAUGAGGUGUUCUUCGUUAUCUAGUCACAAUCCUCAUAAUCUUGGACAUGGAGCUAGUCACGGUCAUGGAGCAAGUAAUGGGUAUCAAGCUAGUCAUGGGUAUGGAGCAAGUAAUGGGUAUGGAGCAAGUAAUGGGUAUGGAGCAAGUAAUGGAAAUAAAGCUAGUCAUGGACAUGAAAUUAGUUAUGGAACUUCUCCUCCAUAGUCCUAAUUUUAGUCUUUGUCAAGCAUGGAUAUUUAUUUUUUUAUGGAAUGAAGUGAUACUUUAGA